AUGGCUUCGGUCGAUGGAGCCGGCCCUCGUAAGAGGCGGAGAAUUGGUCCCCUUGGGACUGAUCCCUAUAUUUUACGGUCCCUUUUCGAUGAUGUACCGCUGGCAACCGAAGACAGCUCCGGCGUUUACAUCACUUGUGUCGAAUACUGGGAGGAGAAUCUGUACAUUGGCACUUCUGCAGCCGAAAUCCUGCACUUUGUCUGCCUUCCUGCUGCUUCCGACGCACCUAACGAGCCUACGUUUAUACUGGCAUCGCGACUGCCUAUCCCAUUCCUGAGCGCGCCCUCAGACAGCGAUCAAAGAGGUGUUCAGCAGAUUCUCAUACUUGCGUCGGUGAACAAAGCUUGCGUUCUCUGCAAUGGCACAGUCACGUUCUACAUGCUCCCAGAGCUCAGCCCGGCCUGGAACACCAAGGUUAAUCACUGUCGCUGGAUUGGCGGCCUGGAUCUCAACCGAGACUUGGGGUCUAGAGAAGACCCAGUUGUGAUGAUUGCCGUACAGAAUAGAAUACUCCUGGUUCAGAUCGGAGAUGAGCCGAAAAGCAUCAAGAAGAUUGGAUUCCCCGGUUGCCUAGUUGCGGCGCGUAGAGGUACAAUUGCCUGUGCCGCUGAUGGGCACUCUUACUCGCUCCUAGAGGUGGAACACCAACAGAAGAUUCCACUUUUCCCGAUAUCCUCAUCGAACGAAGUAUUCAAUUCUGGGCAGGUUGAAGAUAUGACGCCAGGACCCCAAACACCGUUGAAACGGUCGCCUUCUUCGUCAUACCCAAGCUCCCCUCCUAGCGACCCUCAUGCGCACGGAAGAAGCACCAGCCUGAAUACCUAUGUUGGAAUGUUGCAGCCAAAUGCGCAAAUACCACAGCGUGAGAGAUCACCGGGAACACCAGAUCCCUUCGCACCCUCGGGGACCUCUCGGCGAUCAAGCUCUGAAGAAAGAGACGAUAAAAAUGAUGAGCAGAAGAAGAAAUCGGACAGUCCUGAAGCGCAAGCUUCUCCUUCCGAUAGCUUGAAGCCAUUGCCGCCUAUACCAGCGAAGCCAGUCACAAAGCAACUUCUGCCUCACGUUGUCUCUCCGACCCCCUCCGAAUUCCUCCUGGUGACUGGAACGGAGGAGAAAGAACCCGGUGUGGGCAUGUUUGUAGACCUGGAUGGUGAAGUCGUCCGAGGCACGAUCAAUUUCCAUCGAUACCCCAAGUCAGUAACGAUCGAUGCUGGCGAAGAUGAGCAGUCUCUCCAACCUAGUGAAGAUGCCAGGGAGGAGUAUAUUCUUGCUGUCAUUGAAUUCGAUGAUGAUGGACAACGAAGCCGACUGGAAAUUCAAAGAUGGGACGAUGAUCCCGCAGAGAUUGAACGACAAAGGAGAUGGCUCGACAUACCGUCGCCUAGCGAAGCCGAGUCAGCCAAAGUCGGCCUUCGACACACAAUCAGCCCUAGCCAUCUCGAGCUCGACGAUGUAGGCAAGCUCCUCAGAAUGGUCCGCCUCAAGACUCCACUGCUAGCCCCCCAUGUACCCGCAGUAGAUUCGAGAACACACGCAUCGAUCGAACAUUCACAAAAGGAGAAAGAACUGUUUGAAUCCCAAGAGUUGACCGAUUGCGAGGAUUUCAAGAAAGGAGUGAAGGAUUGGGAGACCCAGCGGAAUUCCGAAGAGGAAAAACUUGCACAUGGACUGGGCAAACUCCGAAGCAGUCUCAUCGUUUGGUCGGGCUCCAAAAUAUGGCGCCUAGUCAAGAAUCCUCUUGUCGUUCAGCUUGAGGAUACUCUACAGAAGGCCCUACAGACAAACGAGAGCGGCCAAACAGCUCUGCAUAGAACCUCUGUCAUGGAGUUGAUGUUGUCUAUUCAGGACCUUGAGCCUCGGACUGAGUCUGAAUUUAUCGGCUUGGGCUAUUUGAAGCAAAAGGCUUGUUUGCUCUUGUAUGGAGAUUUGCUCUCCAUGCAGCCUAAGAACCAUGGAGACCCCAUGGUUAACAAUACUGAGCAAGCGUUGUUGGCAGGUAAUUUGGAUCCCCGGAUAGCUCUACUAUUCAUCCCUUUGCUCCGAUGUGAGGUCCUGCAAGGACCUCAGGGUAUUUGGAUUCCUGCUGGGCUAGCCAACAUCGUCGAAAAGUACAUUCAGCAAAUUGAGAGGAUGCCUCAAGAGACAUCUGGGCCAGCCGUUGUCCAUAGCUCUUUGCUGAAUAUGUUGAAGCGUUACCUUUUCUCGUGGCAACAAAAGAGGGGAUACGGUAGCAUAUCAGAUGAGACCUACGUUCUGGACAGCACUGAUGCUGCGCUGCUUCAUCUGCUACUGGAGCAAGACGCCCAUUUGAACGCUCAGCAACGGAAGUCGUCUCCUAUCCGUGCCGAUUUGAACAAGCUCGUCGACAACUGGAAGGGCAAUUUUGAACGGGCAGUACAACUGUUGGAGCAGUACAAGCGACUUUACAUCCUGAGCCGCCUUUAUCAAAGUCGAAAGAUGUCCCGCAAUGUACUUAAGACAUGGCGGAGAAUUAUUGACGGUGAAGCCGAUGUCGGCGGGGAAGUGAACGCCCAGGGUGUCGAGUCCCAAAUGCGAAAGUAUCUGGUGAAAAUCAAGGAUUCUCAACUGGUGGAAGAAUAUGGCGCCUGGCUCGCUGGACGGAACCCGGCUUUGGGCAUUCAGGUAUUUGCAGACAACUCUAGCCGAGUGCGACUGGAUCCUGCAGACGUGGUUUCUCUGCUCAAGGAGCGAGCGCCUAACGCAGUUCAGUUCUAUCUGGAGCAUCUCGUCUUUGCAAAAAGCUACACCCAGUAUGCCGACGAUCUCAUCUCCUAUUACCUGGACGAAGUGCUUUCGGUGCUUGAGUCCUCUUCAGACGCACGGACGUCUCUGUCCGAUUCCUACUCCACGUAUCGGGCCCUGCGUCCUCCCAAGCCCACUUAUCUGAACUUCAUUUCUGAAAACACACCAAGUGAGCCCUGGUGGCAGUCUCGACUUCGUCUGCUCCAGCUACUGAGUGGCACCUCUGGAACCCAGUUCUCAUCCACUGCUCUUCCCUCCGGAAUUACAUAUUCCAUCCCUACUGUGCUUUCCCGCAUUGAACCAUUUCAGGAUGAGCUCGUCUCCGAGAGUAUCAUCCUCGAUGGUCUACAGGGCCACCACCGCGCUGCACUGCGUCUGCUAACUCAUGGUCUGGGAGACUACGACUCCGCAAUCCGCUACUGCCUCUUCGGCGGUCCGCGCAGCUCAAUAUCAUCUGCUGGUGUGCAGCCUGAGCUUGCUAACCACGAUCAACAGUCCACUCUCUUCCGGCAUCUGCUAGAUGAGUUCCUUCAAAUCCAGGACUUGUCAGACCGCAUUGAGCGCACAAGCGACUUGCUGGCUCGAUUCUCGGCCUGGUUUGAUGUACGCGAGGUACUUGAUCUCGUUCCGGAAGACUGGAGUGUCGAUAUCCUCGGAGGAUUCUUUGUUCACGUCUUCCGUAAUCUCGUUUCGCAGACCCGAGAGGCACGUAUUGAGCGGGCUCUCAGCGCUGGUCUCAACCUGCGCAUCGGCGUGGAGUACAUUGAUAGCAUGGAGAAAUCCGGAGUUUGGGUGGAAGAUCGAGAAGGCGUGCGACGAUUGAAGGAUGGAAAGAUCCAAACAGAAACCGGACUGCAAGAUGAAGUCGCAGGAGACGACGAUGACUUUGGCGACGUGGUCACUGCGUCUGGGGAAGUGGGCCAGUAG